UCGGUUGGGGCGGGGCACGGCCCCCUUGGCUGUGACCCGCCCGCGCCUCCGCUUGGGGGCCGCGGAGCAGGGUCCGGCGGAGGAAUCUCCCAGAUGGGCUGUGCGUCGCCGACGCCCGCACAGCUACCAGGGGGCGAGGGGACCCGGAGAAAUAAUCCUAUCGAGCGUGGAGGGCUGCAGCUGGGACUCCCCUGCGCGAGACCCGCAGCGCCAUUCGGGGCGGGACCCUGCCCCUCCCCCUUCCUGGAGCGCGACCCCCUCUUCCUCGCGCGAGGCCUGAGGCGACUGGGUCCGUUGGGGCAGAACCAUGGAGGAAAAGCCUUUCAAAGCAUUGGCCAAGUCUUCCGGCCAUCAUGACUCAGUCAAGCCGAGCUCCAAGAGUGACAUCCGGAAUCUGUGGACCAUGGCCACGCUGUCACAGCCCAAGGUGAACGUACAGCUGACACAUGUUUAUGAGGACUCUGAACAGGAGAGCAGCAGUGUAAGCAGCGGUACUGGCCACUGGUACAACCAGGAGAAGGCCGGUCCUGACUCUGACUCUGACAGGGUCUGGGAAGAAUGGAGUGACACAGAUAAGAAAGCCAGCAUCAAGCAGGGGGAACUGGACGACUACACUUCGUUGGAGCUGAAGCAGCGUGCAGGCAGCUCCCUGAGAAGCGAUUCAGAAGGAGUUGAGGAUCCCAAGACCAAGAUGGAAGUAUCGUCCUCGAUAUCAUCACCCAGGAUCUUGAAGCACACACCCCAUCGAGCCUACUGGGUGGAGCAGCAGAACAGGCUGCCACUGCCCCUGAUAGAACUCAUGGAGAGUGAAGCUCUGGAAAUCCUCACCAAAGCCCUCCAGAGCUACCGGUCAGGGAUCGGCAAGGAUCACUUCCUGACCAAGCAGCUGCAGCGAUAUAUCGAGGGUCUCAAGAGGCGCCGGAACAAGAGGCAACACGUCUCGGUGCACUGAGAGCACCGCGUCAGGCUCGAGUGACUGCCCAACUUCAGCCCCCUCCCUGUCCUGCCCGGAGACCCAAGCCCCAAGCCCGACCCUAUCCACGUGGAAUUUGAACCUUAGAGAAAUAAAAGAGUCUGUGCAAGG